CACUGGCGGCGACAGGUGCAGUUGGUCAGGUCUCUGGAGCCAGGGCUCGGCGGGAUCUCCCUGCAGAAUGGGUAAAAAAAUAAAGAAGGAAGCAGAGCCCCCUCCCAAGGAUGUGUUUGAUCCAUUAACAAUUGAAAGCAAAAAAGCAGCAACUGUGGUGUUAAUGCUUAAUUCUCCAGAAGAAGAAAUUCUGGCUAAAGCAUGUGAAGCCAUUUAUAGAUUUGCUUUAAAAGGUGAGGAAAACAAAGCAACUCUCCUUGAACUUGGUGCUGUGGAACCUUUAACAAAGCUGCUCACCCAUGAAGACAAAACUGUGAGAAGAAAUGCUACUAUGAUAUUUGGAAUCCUGGCUUCUAACAACGAUGUCAAAAAAUUGCUAAGGGAGUUAGACGUCAUGAAUUCUGUGAUUGCUCAGCUGGCUCCAGAAGAAGAAGUAGUUAUCCAUGAGUUUGCUAGUCUUUGCCUAGCAAACAUGUCUGCAGAGUAUACCAGCAAAGUGCAAAUAUUUGAACAAGGUGGAUUACAGCCUCUCAUCAGACUGCUAAGCAGCCCAGACCCGGAUGUGAAGAAGAAUUCUAUUGAGUGCAUUUACAACUUGGUCCAGGAUUUUCAGUGCCGAGCUACUCUUCAAGAACUGAAUGCAAUCCCUUCUAUAUUAGAUCUCUUGAAGACAGAAUAUCCAGUUAUCCAGUUGUUGGCUCUUAAAACCUUAGGAGUUAUUACAAAUGAUAAGGAGUCCCGGGCAAUGCUAAGAGAGAACCAAGGAGUGGACCUCCUUAUUAAGAUCCUAGAAACUAAGGAAUUGAAUGACCUGCAUAUAGAAACACUUUCCGUGAUAGCCAAUUGCCUUGAAGAUAUGGAUACUAUGGUGCUGAUUCAGCAGACGGGGGGUCUGAAGAAGCUCCUCUCAUUUGCAGAAAACUCUACAAUUCCUGAUAUUCAGAAGAAUGCAGCAAGAGCAAUUACUAAAGCUGCUUAUGAUCCUGAAAAUAGAAAACUUUUUCAUGAACAAGAGGUUGAAAAAUGCCUUGUAACCCUUUUGGGUUCUGAAAAUGAUGGAACUAAAAUUGCCGCUUCCCAAGCUAUUUCGGCCAUGUGUGAGAAUUUGGGCAGCAAAGAAUUUUUCAAUAAUCAGGGGAUCCCGCAGUUAAUUCAGUUGCUAAAAAGUGACAAUGAAGAGGUGAGGGAAGCUGCAGCCCUCGCCCUGGCUAAUCUGACCACUUGCCAUCCUGCGAAUGCAAGUGCUGCUGCAGAAGGUGAUGGCAUCGAUGCCUUAAUCAACACCCUGUCCAGCAAACGAGACGGCGCGAUUGCCAACGCAGCCACGGUGUUGACGAACAUGGCAGUGCAGGAGCCUCUGCGUCUAAACAUCCAGAGCCACGACAUCAUGCACGCCCUGCUCAGCCCGCUACAUUCUUCCAACACACUCGUGCAAAGCAAAGCUGCGCUCACUGUGGCUGCGACUGCCUGCGACGUGGAGGCCCGGAUGGAGUUGAGAAACUCAGGUGGACUGGAGCCGCUGGUAGAGCUCCUGCGUUCCAAGAACGAUGAGGUCAGAAGGCACGCAAGCUGGGCCGUGAUGGUCUGUGCAGGUGACGAGCCCAUGGCCACUGAGUUAUGCAGGCUUGGGGCUUUAGAUAUCCUUGAAGAAAUUAAUCUAUCAGUAAGCCGAAAAAAUAAAUUCAGUGAGGCAGCUUAUAACAAAUUGCUCAACAACCACCUGUCUCUGAAAUAUAGCCAGACCGGCUAUUUGUCAUCAAGUAACAUAAUUAGCGAUGGAUUCUAUGAUUAUGGUCGGAUAAAUCCUGGAACCAAACUUUUGCCUUUGAAGGAUCUCUGCUUACAAGAACCAAGUGACCAACGUGCCAUACUCUUGGUUAACAGUAAAUCUUCUGAAGUUUCUCCACCUCCAUCUACAGAAGAUAAGUCAUCAGACGUUGGUUAUGGACGGAGUCUUUCUUCUUCAUCUUCUUUAAGAAGAGCAAGUAAAGAAAAGACCAAUGCUGGACUUGGAUCUCCCACCGAAGAGAAAUCAGAACCUACCUCGGGACGCAACACUGCUCUUAGCAAAAGCGCCGCUAAAGAGAAAGGAUCAAGGAAAGGCAGAGGGAAAAAAGAAGAGGAGAAAGUGAAAGAGGAGGAAGAGGCUACAGCAGCAGUACCAAAACUGAUGGGAGAAGGAAGCCCUGAUAAAGAAUGGUACCCUCCCUCUGAUCCCGACUUCUGUGUUUACGUGUAUGAAGUGACCACAUCCAUACUUCCCAUCACCAAUAUAAAGGAACAGAUCGAGGUUCUUGCAAAGUACGUGGCAGAAAAAAUGGGCGGUAAAAUUCUGAAAGAGAAACUACAUGAUUUCAGCUGGGAACUUCAUAUAAGUGAACUAAAAUUUCAACUUAAAUCCAAUGUUGUACCAAUUGGACAGAUCAAAAAAGGAAUCUUCUACCAUCGAGCUUUGCUUUUCAAGGCUCUGGCUGAUAAAAUUGGCAUCGGUUGCUCUCUGGUUCGCGGGGAGUAUGGCAGAGCCUGGAAUGAAGUUAAGCUGAUGAAUGAAUCCCGUAAAGGGGUGAUUGGGGCUGUCCCUCUCCCUGAAACGUACAUAGUUGACCUCAUGUUCCAUCCAGGGGCACUGAUAAAGUUACGAAGUCGAGAGGCAGAUCUUUACAGAUUUUUCUAAACUUCCAAAUGAACACAACAGAGGUUCAAACAAGAAAUUCAUUACAUACCCUUUCUAUGACAUUCACCAGUAGAAGAAUAAAAAUUUCUUUAAAUGAAAGUAUUAGAAAUGUCUUCCCCACGUGGAAAUGAGGUCACUAGGAUUGGACCUGGUCGUGCUUCUGAUUUCAGGCUUCUGGCAAGCAUUGAGUCUGAUAGGAUCAUAUCAUGCUCACAGUCUCUCAUUAUUCUCAAAAAUUAAUCCGCCCCACUGUUUCCUAAGGAGCAUCUCUUUCCUUUGGGAAUCACAUGUAAAAGUACCCAGCUACUGUUCCCAGGACAAUGCCUUGUGACUGUCAUUCUUUAUGUCCAGAAUGAACUGAUUAAAUAAAGUCAAUGGGUUUUU